AUGGAUACCACGACCUUCCAUAAUGUCAUCAAUAACGAGCUGACCACUACCGCCAACACGCGCCAUGGCGUCAAUCCCGCCAACCGUCAGCCCAACCCGCCCGUACCGGUGUCGACCGCCGCCGAUCUAGACCGUGCAGUCACAGCCGCCCGCGCGGCGUUUCAGAAAUGGUCGAGGACAUCGUUGGAAGAACGUCGGACGGCAUUAAGCGCUUUUGCUGAUCUUCUGGAGGAAAAUACGGAUGUCUUCGCCGCGCUGCUGACCCGCGAACAGGGGAAACCCCUGGAUCAGGCGGCAGCGGAGGUCGGCAUGGCGGUGCAGUGGACGCGCGCGCUCAGUACCCUCACCCUUCCCGAGACCGUCGCCGAGGAGACGGAGGAACGAAAGGUUAUCCACCGGUAUGUGCCUCUCGGCGUCGUUGGGGCCAUCGUGCCCUGGAAUUACCCCAUCGUUUUGGCCGUUGGCAAGAUCGUUCCUGCCGUUUACACCGGAAAUGCCGUCAUUGUCAAGCCGUCGCCUUUCACCCCGUACUGCGAUCUGAAGCUGGCCGAACUGGGAAUCCACUGCUUCCCGCCCGGCGUCGUGCAAGCUCUUAGCGGUGGUGAUGACCUGGGUCCCAUGAUGACGGAGCAUUCGGGCAUCGACAAGAUCAGCUUCACGGGGUCGAGCGUGACAGGCCGUCGCGUCAUGGCCAGCUGCGCGAAAACACUGAAGAGACUCACUCUCGAGCUGGGUGGCAAUGAUCCGGCAAUCAUCUGUGACGAUGUCGACGUAGAUGUCGUGGUCCCCAAGGUGGGAAUCCUUUCCUUCCUGUGCUCUAGCCAAAUCUGCAUGAUGAUCAAGCGCCUCUACAUACACGAGAACAUCUAUGAUGAGUUCCGCGACAAACUGGUGCAAUUUGUCCAGUCAUUGAAGAUGGGAGAAGGGACAGAAUCAGCCGUCUUCAUCGGUCCGAUACAAAACAGCAUGCAAUUCGGGAAGGCCCAAAACCUCUUCGACAGCAUCACCACCGAGGGGUUGAAACCCGCCCUGGGUGGCACCAUCCCGGACUCGGCUGGUUACUUCGUGCCGCCGACCAUCAUUGACAAUCCUCCCCAUACCUCACGCGUAGUACAGGAGGAGCCCUUCGCCCCAAUCCUACCCCUCCUGAAGUGGAGCUCAGAGAGCGAGGUGAUUUCGUGCGCCAACGACACUGCCAUGGGAUUGGGGGCGUCAGUCUGGAGCAAGGACUUGGAGCGAGCGCAGCGCAUGGCUAAUCGGCUGGAGGCGGGCAAUAUUUGGGUGAACUCGCACUUUGACGUAUCACCUUCAAUUCCAUAUGGUGGCCACAAGGCCAGUGGAAUUGGGAUUGAAUGGGGUGUGGAUGGCUUGAAAUCAUACUGUAACUCGCAGACCUUGUGGCUGAAGAAGAAUCCCUAA